CUUAUAUACAUUAUUUUCAAACAUUCGUUAAUGUUUUUGAUUAUUAAUUAUUCGUAAAACUUAUGAUAUUGUAUGAAAUUCGAUGUCAUCUUUUUCGUCCAUGUCUAUACAUAGUACACGCCUAUAGUAUUACGUCGAGUUAACUCCAUGAAACUCCUGAAUGGUGUUAACUGUAUUGAUAGCUAAUCGAUUCGCAGUCUCCAAAGUAAAAUGUUCUCGAAAAAAAAGUUAUCUUGUCGGUUUUGUUUCACAGACUUGUGGCAUGAACACGCGUUCAUAAAGUGCAAUACAGAUAUUUGUGUCAAGUUGAACAUAAACAUUUGCCUUCAGUGUUUUUCAACAGGCACUGAAGAUCAUGUUCAUAAAAACACUGAUCCAUACAAAGUGCUAUCUAAUGCCGUUCAAAUUGGUGACCUUUUGUGGCAUGCCCACGAAGAAAUUAUAUUACUUGAUACAUUUAUGAACACAAUGUCUUGGGCAAAAGUUGCUCAAAAACUGGGUAGAUCAACUGAAGAAUGUGAAUGCCAUUACUUUAAGAAUUAUGUACUUAAUCCAAAAAUUAAAGGUCUGGAACAUAUAAAUAGAAAUGCAUUUCGUCUUCAUAAAUUCAAUAAAGCAAUUGAAUGUAAGCCGAAAACUAUGGACAAUGAAUUGGAUUCGGAAGAAUCAUAUCAUCAAUAUGAAGUAGCUAUGCGUUUAGCAGGUUAUCAACCAGCUUGUGGAACAUUUGAAGAAGAGUAUGAUGAUCAAGCAGAAGAUGUUAUACAGUUGUUGAAUGAGCCAAUAUGGAUAGAUCAAGAAACCAAAUUAAGUUUGGAAUCAAAUUUAAUACAACAAAAAAUGAAUGAAGUCAUUAUGGACAUUUUUAUUGACAGGCUACAAGAACGAUAUCGAAGAAAGCAACUUGUAAAGGACUAUGGUCUUGUUGAAUAUAAUAAACAUCAACUAUGGAUCAAAUCUAUGGAGAUUGUUUUAGGACCAGAAAUGAUGCAGCACUUAAUUCGUUAUACACAUCUAAUCAAACCUCUAGCUUUUGAUUUUCUUGUUACAAAUCUAAAAAAAGAAUAUGAGUUAUUAGCUAGAAUUCAUAAACUUAUUGAAUAUCGUAAAAACGGUUUGACUAAGUUGGCUCAAAUAAGUAUUUAUGAAGAAUUAAAAUGCAAAAGAGAAGAAAAUUUAAAAAAUAGGCCUUCGGGUACAUCAACACAUAGAAUUAUUGAAAGCACAAAGCCUCGUAUUAAUGUUUUCAACCUACCUGGUUUUCAGAAACUUGAUAAUGAGGAAAGAGAGUUAUGUGCUCAAAUUAAAAUGUUACCUGAAUCAUAUUUGAAAUUUAAAGAACUACUUAUAAAUGAAUGUGAAAAGUCAAAAGGAAUAAUUUUAAAGACUGCAAGGAGUUUAGUUAAAAUUGAUGUUAACAAAACCAGAAAAAUUUAUAAUUUAUUAAUAAGUAAAAAUAUUAUUUGGCAACGUUCCUCAGAUUAA